CUCCAAAGACGAAAUAGAUUGCCAAUUGUGGACGACGACAGCGCUCCUCAAAAAAAGAAAAAGAAAAUAAAUAAAUUAAUUAAUAUAUAUAUGUAUAUUAUAUAUAUAUUAUAAUGGGGGGCGGCAUUUUUAGGGGUGUGUACGCCAUAGGGAAAGAAACCGAAAACAAAAAUGAAUACACAAGAAAGAUAAAGGCUUCUGUCUCUUUCCUUUCCAGUCGUUAAUUCAGCAUGUACCCGUGUCUCUCUCGCGAUACGAUAGACUCAAAAGGCAAAGAAAACGCGCCAUAACAGAGAACCGGAAAAAUAAAACGAAAGAAAAAACGAAAACAAAGAUAAGUAAAGAAAACGGGAAACAAGAUGGAGGACGACCUAAGCAGUCUGGAAGAUUCUCUGGAAGGCACCAACCUCAGCAGGCUCAGUAGGAGGAGCAGCAGCAUCAGCAGGCUCAGCAGAUGCGAGAGCAACGGGAGCAGUGACAGCAGUAACAUCAACAUCGAUGAUCUGUCUCUGCUUUCCGAGUCAUUCCCUGCUCGGUUAUGGCAUCACUGGAUUGGCCUCCCCAUGCCCUUAGGGAAGAUGUCCGACUACGGCUUCGAGGAAGAGAGCGGGGGCGGGGGCGGCCUCGGGGGGCACCAGACGGACGCCGGCCAGAACUACAUCACGGUCAUCCCCGUCGAGUAUCCGGCGAGAAGGGCCUACGGAGAUUACGACGCCUUCCCGCGCUCCGCUACGAUCUCCAGACGACCUCGAGGGGAAACUGAUGCAUUUCCACGGUCGGCCACGAUAUCCAGGGAGUUCCUCCGGGAGCGAGCGGACUUCCUGCGGGGCGACUACAAGGGCAGCGCCGACCACCUGGACAAAGCGGCCGGAUUCUACCCCAGCCUUCCCCCGCCGGCUUUCGACGUGCCGCCCCUAUCCCUGGACCCCGAGACCCGCCGCCCGUCCGCCCACCUAAUGACCACGCCCGCGCAGACGAGUGUGGCCUCCAUGCCGGUCCACUCGAUGCCCACCACCACGAGCGUGACCCACCCGUCGGUGCCACAGACGACGGCCGCCCACCACGACGACCUCGACAACAAGAGCAACAAGAACGACCACGAGAGGAAGAGUAAAGGAAUGGUCGAAGUGUGCGUGUUCCUCCACUCCCGCGUCGCCGUCAGACUAAGGCUGGAGGACGGGGCCAAGAUCACCGCCCAGGAGCUACAGGCGAUGGUCAUAGAGGAGGAGGACGUGACGCUACCGAAGCAGGCCAUGGAGGUGUUCGCGAUCUGGAUGGUCUCGCCGGUGCUCGAGAUCCAGCUGAAACCCUACCAGCGAGCCCUUGAGAUCCGGCGCCAGUGGGGGGAACUCCUGAAGAGGUUCACGCAGGUGCCGGUGAGGGCGCAGGACGCUCGCUACGCUUACGAACCCAAAAUGGUGCUCAGGAGAAAUAUCUUCUUCAGCAAAAGGGACGAAGUUAAGAUUAGAGACCCGAAGAUUCUGGAACUGCUGUACGAAGAGGCGCAGUGGAACAUGAGGUCAGCGCGGUAUCCUUGCGAGCUGUCCGACUACGAGAUGCUGGCGGGGAUCCAAGGCAGGCUGGAGCUCGGGCCCUACGACCACACCACGCACACGCCCUCCUUCUUCAGACGCCGCCUGUUGGACUACCUUCCCGAACACGCCUGCAGACUCAAGUUCAGUGACCUGAUUAGCUUUAGCAGCAAAUCCACGCCGGAAAUUCGGAUAAUCGAGCAGUUCCGGUCGAUUCCCAGCAACGUGACGGCGAGGAAGCUGGUCAGAAAAUACCUAGAAUUCUCGUGGUCUCUCCCCUACUACGGGAGCGCCUUCUUCCACGGCCAGAUCGAGCAGCCGACGAGGGGCGUGAGUUCCUGGCUGCCACGCCCCGAUCUCCCGGUCUUGGUGACUAUCAACGGCACGGGCGUCAGUGUCAUCGAGCCCAAGAAAUCGACGGUGUUGCUGAGCCUCCGGUAUGACGAGCUCUCGUGGGACUACGCGAGACCGAGCAACGAGCGGAAUCCCCACUGCCUCCCCUGCCUCUUCCUCCAGUUCGCGGUCGUCGAGAACGGGAGAAGAUUUUCCAAGCUCUUGCAGAUAUUUUCGAAACAGGCGAUCAUGAUGGACGCUCUCAUAAGCACCUUCGUCGACGAGCUGAAGCGGCGGGCGGCGCAGUAUCCAGACGACCUCGAGGGCCACAUGCUCGACCACGGCACCGAGAUCGACGACGUGUUGGUCCCGCUGUCCACCGUCUCUCGAAAAGACGUCCCGGACUCAAUCCUUAGCAACAAACUCCAUCGUCUUUCGCUGUCCACUUUUACCGAAGAUGGUCGCUGCGUGGGGACGAUGGGCUCGUGGCAGUUCGGCAGAUGAGGGGAUGCCCUCGACUACGUGUGACAAACCACCAUCACGCCCGCGCCCAUAGCCCCGCCCACCAUGACCUCCUCCGCCUCCACCUGCUCAUGGACGUCUGGCCCGGAAUCCACGCCUCUCCUUCACUCCUGACGACGCUUCUAAGUUUAUUUCCCCCUCGGUGGUAGAUCCAGGCCCGUCUCGCUGGGUGCACUCGCGGCUCGCUCCCUGCUGCAGGUGCCCCCGUGUCCUUGCUUGCGUCUGUGUGCUCUCUCUCUCUCUCUUUUACUCUCUCGGUUUGUUUUAUUUCUCUCUUUCUUUCUUUUCCUACUGGAUAAUUAUUGCUUUUCCCCUUUUCCUCUUCAUCUUUUCUUCCCCUUUUCUCUCGAUAUUUUCUUUCUUUCUUUGUGUCUCUUUCAUUCUGUGUUUCCUGAUCUUCCGUGUCAUGGCGUGUUUGAAGAGCAUGUUCACCUGCGAACGAACCGCUGUCGUGGUUUCGUCGGAAGAAUUCCCGCUCCCUCUCCCGAUUCCCUUAGUGUCCUGCUUCUCCCUCCCUCUCCCGUCUCUUCCCUUUCUUUCCCCUUUGUUCCCCUCCUUCCCUUUCCCCCUUUGCUGUCCUCUCCCUCAUUCCCCAUUCCCAUUCCCCUCGCUAGCUGGAUCUACCUCUCGUUGUGAUAACUGGACGUGGCCGAUUCCGGAAGACGCUCCUGCGAAGGACCUCCGGGUGACCUCGACGCCGCAAUACACACGUGGAAUACCUGCUGAGCAACGCAAGCUAGUACAAACAAACUAAAAAAAAACCAAGAUGUGAAGUCCCAGAGUCACCGGAGUUUCCCAGGAGAGAUCCCGAAGGAAGCGCCCCAGGAAGCUAUGGUGGGGCUCAGGAGAUUCCUCAGCGCCCUGACAAGGACCACGAUCCUGCUGAUUGCAGGAGCCUGAAAACUAAAUGGAUCAGCCUCAGGAAAGAAUCAAAAUUCAAAAGGGCGUGAUAGUGGUGUGUUUCCAUUUUUUUUAUUUGUACCGAUAGAUAUGAAAUAGAAAAAAAAGAUAAUCAAAUUAAGGUGAAAUUCAAUAAACAGCUCCUGUAUUUGGACGCCCUCAAAGGCAGGAUGGAAAUCUGUGAAAACUGACCUAGCAAGAACAGGGUUCGUUACCUAGGAUCAACGCUGUUCAAAUCUCUGAGUGAUGUUCAUUUGCUUUCCUUCGGCAUUUUUAUUGUACGUAUACUGUAACGCACAAUGCAGUGAAAACCUGUAAAGGUGUGUUAGGCAAAGGAAAAAAAAGAAAACAUUUAUUUACAUAUACUGGUUUAAUAUGUAUUCAAAACUGCUUCUUUCACGUAUCAUUAUACUAUCUGAAUGUCGCCCUUGAAUGUAUCAUUACGACGGGUGAUACGCGGAAAACAUGGCAUACUGAUUUUUCUACUGUAUCAUUGCUGUAUCAACACUACACCUAAGUCACACCUCACACAUCGCUUUACCCUUAAAAGGCUACACAUGUCUAGUUGCCUUAUUUGCAUACUCUGUAUAUAUCAUUAUGUAUCCACAAUAUACCAGUAGCUAACGUUAUAAAAGAAAGAAAAAAGGUGUACCUCUCGCAAAAAACAAAAAGCAAAAAAAAUUAUGGUAUUAUUUUGCGUAUCAGAUUGCCGACUUCUUACGGGCAUGCUCGCAACAUGUUUUACGGAUCAGCUGUUCUACCAUAUGAUUUGAUCUCAUAUCUAGCGACGCGUUCUUGGGAGCUAAGGAAAAAGGAAAAGGUUUGUGUGGCACAAGUCCGACAAGCUACGGCCUAUGGACUCUCCUCAUGGCGUACGAGCUAGAGCGGCAGCUUCAUAAUAAGUAAUUUUAAUUAUAUUUGUAUUCGGUAGUGUAGUUAACUAUGGCUUCUGGAUACCAACAUCCAUUUAGUGGAUAGGACCAAAGAUCCCCAAAAAUCAUCUUUCUCAGUUCGGAAGCGACAUUUUUAGAGAGCGCGACAGCCUCCCGGGACACUCGGUUAAUGAAUCUCAUUUCCCGUCUUUUAUUUAAAAAAAGACUUUUUUCUUCCUCUCAUUAAAAAAAAAAAAAAAUGAUUAUAUGACAGGAACUUCAUAGUGAAGUUUCGUUCUACCAGCGGAUGACCUGUCCGUCUCUCUAAAGACAAGUUCCCGGACGUCGCCCUUUAUAUAUAUUAAGGCCGUUCGCUCCGUUGAUUCCGCCCUCGACGGGGCUGCAGUGCGAGGCGCCAUCCGUUCGUCGAAGCCUCCUCCUGCCGGGGAGUUCGAUGGCGUCGGACCGCUGCCCCUUCCGCCGGGGGCCACGCAGACGGAGGAGGCCUUGAGAACCAGUCAUCGUGCCACAGAGCAACCAAAGAGUGUUCGUACUUUGCGACGUGAUUGUAUAACGUAAGGGUAACUCUAGGCUAGUGUGGAGUAUGAUCGAUACCCUUACAAUGUAAUAUAGAUUUUUUUACAACUGUUGGUUUCACAUGUUUGUUGUAUAUAAGAAAGUGGAGUGUAAGAAGCAAAUCGUAGGGAUGUUUCAUUUUAAAUUGAUAGAUGUUUUUUUUCUUCUUUUUUUUACGUAAAUGACUGACUUGCGCCUCGGUGGGAAUGUGUGUACGAUAUAGAAUUUUUCCUACGUCUACGAGAAAGUGUACUUAAAAAAAAAAAACAAGACACAUCCUAAUGGUAGUGUUUAUGAUGACCAUUUUUACAACAGCUUCCGUGGGGGUUGAGGGGGGGGGGGGGUGGUUGGGUACACCCAUCUUUUAGUAAAAUAAAUAAAUACAUAAAAACAAAGACAAAAAGGAAAAUAAGAGAAAAAAAAAUAAUUAAGUUAGAUUGGUGUUCAUACCUUUUAAAAAAUAAUAGUCCUUUGUCGUCAAUGGGUUAGAAUAUGCAACUACGAAUGUAAAUAGUGAGAUGUCCCAAUUAGCUGCGAGGAAAUGUUUCAAGAGAGCGCCUUGUACACCGGUUUUCUAGAAUUUAUGGAGAUGACAGUAUUACCCUACCUUACGCGGUGUUCAAUCUCGAGAAAUAGAUAGAGUGGCUAAGUCCGCCAGUGCAUUGUGUAAAAAAAAAAAGUAUUUUAGAUGUUCGAAAAUGUAAGGCAAUAAGUUUUCAAAGCAUUUCACAAUCGUUGAGAUGUUUAGCGGCUGUAAUUGGUAAUACAGACAGCUUGAGAUUAAAAGCAUAAUCGGAUAAUUUACACGAUAUUGCCUUGUGUGUACGUUGAUCCGUGGACAAAAUAGUUAUUCUGCAUUUUAUUGACGAAUUAUCAUAAUAUUUUUUGGGGGGAUGGAGUAAUUACCUUGAUAACAAUUGGGGGAAAUAUUUGGUUACAGCUUUCAAACUAUUCGAGAAAGAAGUGAGAAACAGGCGUUUUUGAGGUUAGUCGAGCUACGUGAAACAGGCACAAUGUAAAGAAAAUUAUCGGAUAUUUUUAUCACUUUUUCGUCGAGUAACCGAAGUGAUUUUCAUUUUCAUUUUUUUUUUUUUUUUUUUUUUUUUUUUAAGACAGCCAUUGAUAUGAUUCUUUCGUAUAUUUAUAUUUUUUCUUUAGUAGAUUUUCAUUUGUGAAUUUAUAGACGACUAUGAGCUAGCGUGCGUAUCCUUUCCGUUGAAUAGACUUGUAUCAGUGCAAACACAACCGCCACCGCCCAUAACGUUAAUGUGAAAAGGAAGAACAAUUGACUGAAACUCCCUCGAUAGUUCUGAAAAUACUGUGGCCUUUUGAUUACGCUUAGAACAAUACUCUAUCUUGUUCAUAUUUUCACACGGGGAAAAUAAUGGGUAAGGUUACGAGGCUCACCGUGAAAAUAACUUGGACAAGAUAAUACAGGACAAAAUAAUACUAACACUAACUGCAGGACUUAGACACAGACCAUCAUUUGACUCUAAUUACCACCCGUUCGCUGACUACUGAAAGCUCGUGUUUUUAGGUUGGAGGUUUACGUUCGUUAAAACCAAAUUAAACUUGUGGUACAGUAUUCUUUUCUUACUAUUAGUGUACAUUGUCCCUGUUUGCCGGCUUAUAAUAUAGUUGUGAAAGAAUUCAAGGAAGAGGGAAAAAUAAAAUCGGUUAAUAUUUGCUUAAUAAUUUCAGCUGUUUCUCACAGACUGUUUGAAUUCUAUGCAAAUGACUGAUAGAUUAUUUAAGCAAAAGAUCCUGGGCGGUUAUUUGGUAAGAAUUGAUUGUAAAAAAAAAAAAAAAAAAAGAAACAAGAAAAUUGGCAUACGGUUUCUAUUAGUUGAUGACAUAGUUAAAUAUUCUCGCUCAUUCACUGCACUGCCAUUUUACUACAAAAACAUUUUUUUCCUCUUUCAAAAAGUCAUACAGCAGAACCAAAGACAGUAAAUCAUUGAUGUUUAUUAAAGUGUUUGAAAGACAACUCGACGCUACGGUCCAACGCUUACAAGAAAGUCUAAAUGAAAAGUGAUACAGUUUUUAUACGUCUACAACCACGCUUCUCAAAUUUUGUAUGUUUUCUCUGCUUCAAAGGGGGAAAAAAAAAGUGUAUGUGUGAUGCAAAGAAAUUUAAGUACUGGAAUACAAUUUACAAUAUUAGCUGUUGGCCCAUCACACGUACUCCUGAAUUUUAGACUUGGGGGUAAACGUUGGCCGGAGAUGAGGGAAAAUGGUUCGAGUGGGGGUAAAUAUAGGACACUACAAUAAAUUAAGGGAUCAAAACCAAAGUCACAACCUAAUAAAAACCAUUAGUUCAACACUCAUGUAUCGUCGUUUUAUAUUACUAAUCACCAUAUGGACAACUCAUGCUGUUUCCAGUGAGUGAUCUAUCUAGUAUUUCCUCUAGUUGACCCAUAAUUCCCCGUCUUGAUCCAUAUUUUUUUUUUUUUCCUUACACGGAGCUGGACUGCUUUUGUUGUUCUAAAUGAUAAUUUUGUACCAUGUGCAUGUCACGACUACUUUAUAUCAGUGACCCUAAUCAAUGUGUAUAUAUAUCCCAGUUAAUCCUGUGAUGAUAUUAAUAAAACUUUUAUACCCGA